AUGAGGAUUUCUGCUUUGCAUAACAGCGCUGUCAGCAUGGUGGUGUGUGCAGCUGGCCUCGCCAUCUACUACUCAUCAGGCCCUGUAACAGAGAAGUGUAUCAUGAAGAUGGACGAAGUGCUUAUGAAGGAUGAUGAAAAGGGAGCACGGAUGUUGCGCCUGAAGGAACGUUUGCAGGGCAAGAGUUUUCUCACCUUCAUCAUCAUCCUCACCAGCUUUGUGGCGUUUUGGCCAACCAAUUGGCUUCUCUCAUUCACAUACACCAUAGCUAAGUAUGACGAGAUUGAGCUUACCACCGACCAUUUGUAUUGGGCUGUUCUCACAUUCGCGUUAGCCAAGACAAUUUCGGCGCUCAUCCGCUACUUGUCUCACCCCACAAAACUGUUUUCCAACGGAGUGCACCUAUGGAUACAUCUCUGCUGGUUUUACGGCACCACGUUGGCAGCAGGUGCAGCAGUUUUCUGGGCCGUCGCCCAAGAUGUGUUAUUGGUUUACAUGUACAAGGCUGCAAUGCUCAUCCAACACCAACAGGGUCCCGACAUCAUCUUGGUGGACGGCGUUCCCAAACACUUCAACGUCUUUACUGGUCCAAUGGCCGACUUUUUGCUUGAAGGCGUUUUUUCACACAAACGCGGCUCUGCGCUUACUUUCCUCCUUCACGAACAGUUAAAGCUCUACGAGAAGGUCAUUGACGAUUCUCUUUGGAUCGUCUUGCUCUGGGUCGCCGUUUUGUUCCCAUUCUGCAAAGGUGUCGCUGUCUACUUCACCUUGCGCGGGAAGAACACGGAGUAA